AUGCCUGUCAACCAACACGGUGGAUCUCAUCCUUUAUCGGCACCUUGCGCAGCCGAUCUGUCGUUAGAUCACCAUUACUUGGAGAACGAGCUCGGAUUCGACGCCGCCUUCAACUACGAGACCCAGGACAGACGCCCAGGGAUUGAAAGAAUUGUCUUUGACGACACUGUCGAGGUCGCCUUGGACUUGCUCAACACCCAUGACCGGAUCAUCUCCGUUGGCGCCUUGGCGAUGCAUCAAGGCCAAGAAUUAGUUGAUCCCAAGAAUCUGAUCCAUAUCCUGAUGGAGCAGCUGCGAUACAUGGUCUAUGAAUACUAUGACCAAUGGGAGUCGUUCUGA